AUGCAGAUGGCAAGUGGCGAUCGCCUCAGAGUGACUCAAGAGUCAGGUAGCCCCAGGCCUUCCUCCCAGCGCGGCCGGGAGGGCGCCCACUCCCAAGGCUGGAAGGCAAGGCGCCUAGCGCCCGCACACCCCCGGCUGGGAUUGGCCGGCCACGCAGUCAUUCAGCGCCGACACGUCAGGGCAACCGCUCCCUCCCUCCUCCCGCCCCCUUCUCCCCGCGCUUGGCAAGAAAAGCGGGCAACGUGGAGCGGGAACAAAGGACCCCGCGGCCCACGGCGAUCCGGGACGCGGUGCCACCCCACUCCAGGCCCGAGGCACCGAGGCGGCCCGCAGCCGGCUCCCCGCCCACACGCGCCGAGUCCUGGGAGGUCCCAGGGAAGAGAGUCCAGACCUCGCGGCCCGCAGCCGCCUCGGCCGCCAACGCGACCCGGCAACCAUGGCAGCGCCGGGAGCGCGGGGCCCGCGCGGCGCCAGCUCCUCGCCCCCAGAAAGCGGCAGCAGCGGCUUGGAGCGUCCUCCCCCGGGACCAGGACGCUGCUCCGCGCCUCGCACCGUCUCCCCAGCCGCCCGCGCCAUCCCUCUGCUCGGACUCCGGUCGCGCCCUCUUCCUCCUCCACCGUCUGGAACCUGCGCGUAUUACCUGGUUCAUCUCUGAAGAGAUGGAAAAACUCAUGUCUGGAGCUUCGAUGGGGAGCAGGAGGAAGCGGGCGGGAAUCGGCCCAACGGAAAGCGCCUCGAGGCCGCGGAAGGGGGGAGCGGUCGAGCGGGAAGACCAGCGGUCAGCCGCAGAGGCUGCGAGGAGGGGCCGCGCCACCGAGGGUUCGCGGGGACUCGCUCGCUCGCUGGCACUGCCGCGCCGAAACAGCAGGCGGAGAGACUGUGCAGCUCGGCUGUGAGCGACCGACCUCCACGCGCGUCCCGGAGACACUGCCGCCGCCGCCGCCCCGCUCGCGCCGCACCCCCUCGCACGUCACCACGUGCGCCGCCGCCGUCGCCGCCGCCGCCAAUGUCUCCCGGCAGCUUCCGGCCCGAAGCCGUCAGCGAAUCACAAGCGAGCACGAGAAAGCUCCCGCUCGCGGCCCCGCCCACCGCUCGCCCAGCUUCUCCUUCGCCGGCUUGGGUUCCUUCCUGCUCGGCUCAACUAGGUCAAGGCAAGGAAAACAGCUUCUCAGUGAAAAGCCAUUCCUUGGAAAAGAAUCACCUCCAGCAGGAGAUGGCCUGAAUCAAGAUUGUGCUGCCAUUGAAGGGCUGGCUGAUGUCAGAAGCUGCCUUACCGUUCCAGUCAAACUGUACUGCCUCAUGAAGACGGGUCGACGAAGAGACGAACCUAAGGGCUCCGGAGUCAAGAGUUCAGGUAACUAUUUAUUGUUGGCUGUUCUGGGACGGUGGAAGGCCUCUACUCCAUGCAAUCAUUCAGGAAACCAAGCUGACGGAAGCUCUGCAAUCUCGAACCAGUUGUUCUGUUCAUCCUUGACACCUUCAUCCUUUGGGAAGGGGGGAGAGCAUCGAAGGGCUCAGGAGGUUGUGCCAGUCUAGCCCUUUUUAUCAUUUUACCAUUUCCACCCUUUUUCCGUUGGAAAGGAUGUAGUCAUUUAGCCACAUAACUGCGAAUGAAUCUAGGAAUCAUGGAGGAAAGGGUGAAUGGAUUUUAAUGGACAAUUAGCAGUCUCCGACAUGAGAUUUGGGAGAGGCCAACAGUGCUAAAACAAUAAUUUUUAAAACUGUAUUUAGAAGUUGAGAGAAGGUAGAAAUCAGUGUGGAACAAAAUCUUCGGGAAGA